AUGCCAGUGAAAGUUACAAAACUUGAAGGAAAGCCUCUAGGCGCCGUAAUCACCCUUCCAGAGGGUUGCACAGACCCUAGCGAGCUAUCGCCAGAGGAUUUUGACACUGUCUACAAAGCGCUCCACGAGCAUUUGGUCAUAGUAAUCCCAGGAAUGGAGGACCUUCCUCCAAAGUCACAGUGGAAACUGACUACCAUGUUCGACCCAACCUGCGACCAGAGUGGCAAGUCCUACGGCCACGGUAAAGAGUUCCGCCACGACAAGUCGGUGCUGAGAAGAGACGGUACUUCGAUCCCUGACCAGCCGCAAGUGCAGGUUUUGGGCCAGGGCGAGUGGCCUGCAGGCCACUACGGCUUGGGCGACAUCAGCCUGAGACACCCAACCCACUUCGACUUCCACAAAAAGCCACUCACGCAAGAACAGGCUUUUGAGCAGGAUAUGACCCGUUUCUACCGCUGGCACAUCGACUCCGCCCUUUACGGGCUUUCUCCGCCAGUUGCAACAACGCUACUCGGAAUUCACGUCCCCCCUCACUCUAGGAAGCAAAAGGUGGUUUACGAAGACAAUGGCGAUGUUUUGGAGCUAACGCAGGGCGCCACCGCCUUUGUCUCAGGCGCCAAGGCAUUCGAGAUGCUGAGCCCUGAGGACCAGGAGCGUGCUCUCAAGACUACUGUUGUAUACGCCCCCCAUCCUUACAUCUUCAUCUCAUCUGCGCGCGCAACUCCCGACGGGCUCACUAUGGUAUCAGAGGGCAAAGAGACACCUUUCGAUGAACUGCCACCAUGGGAGGAAUCCAAAAUCAAAAAGCUACCUUUGGUGUGGACCAACCCAAUCACAAAGAAGCACCACCUACAAGUUCACGGAUGCUGCAUCCACAAGUUGGAGCUUCCAGACGGAACCGUUCUGGAGCUAGAUGACGCUCGUAAGGAAGUCUACAGGAUGAUGAGACCAGCGAUUGCUCCUGAAAACGUUUACGCUCACGACUGGAAUAAAGGUGAUCUGGCUAUCUUCUUUAACAGAGGCGUAUGGCAUUCGGUGACUGGUCAGUUUUCCGAGGGCGAGAGGCGACUAAUGCACCAGUGCAACAUUGCUUCCGGACAAGACCCCCAAACUCUCACUGCUUGA